AUGAAGGUAUCCAAGGGCUCAUACACACAGAAAUCGUUCUUAUCUUUAAAGGAAUUAGGUGGGUCAGUCUCAUCAACCUUAGCUGGUUCUGCGGCCAAUGAAACUACUGGUUUGGCACAACAACAGCUGUCUAAGACAUCCUUGUCACAGAUGAAGCUUGAAAGUUUGGCUAAAGGAAAGGGAUGGGAACCUUUAGAGACCUACGAUUUAGAAGAGCUGAGAGAUGGCUUCUUUGAUGCUACAUAUACUGCAAGUGAGAGGGUCAUUGAUUCGGAGGCUGAUAGUGUUAUAAAUGCGAAAUCUUCUCAUAGUUCUUCGUGGACAGGUGCUUUUUUCACGGAAUGGAGUGAUGUUCGACAACACUAUCGUUCUAUUUUCAAGUUUAUUGUUGCAUAUUUUCUAGCAGUUUGUGUUUGUGUUAUUAGUCCAACAAGGGUUUGGCUUGGUGCACAGUACUGCUACUUUAUGCCUAUUGCAGUUUUAAUUCAUCAUCCUGUUAGAAACUUGGGUGUUCAGCUAGAAAUAACAUUACAGUCCGUUCUAGGUGGUGCUUUAGGUCUUGGUGUCGCCGCUUUUUGGUGGUAUUUGUUUAGAGCCAGUGAUAUUGCAGCUCAUCACCAGGGAGGUCUUUCGUUUUUUAGCUUGGCUGUGGCGGUUUAUUUCAGUUCCUGGCUUGGGGCUCUUUUUAUUAGACUGAGUUAUCUGACACUUUCUUUUAGUAUUGCGGUGACAUUCAUAUCAACGUCUAGAAUUGUGGUCUCAAAGGAUAAUUUGCAGUGGAAAGAAUAUUGGAAUUUUGGUAUACCCUAUCUGUGCGGUAUCUUGCUAUCUCUAGUUGUCUGUUUCAUAAUUGACCCGCAUGGCGGGCACUCAGAGAUUAUGCAGAACUUUUCGUCUACGCUCGAUGAUGUUAAGCAACUGCUAAUAGCAUUUGUUGAUAAACAGCACUGCAAUGACCUUGCAACUCUACAAAAAGCCCAACAAGAUGUUAUAAAGUCAAUAGAUAUGAAGUUAUCCGAAGGUUACAGGGAGUUCGCUAAUCAAAUAAAGUUCACAAGAUUUAGUGAUAAGUCAGUAAAACAUUUACGUAACCGAUUGACUUUGGCUAUUUCUCCAUUACGUGCUAUUCCAUUGGACCAUCGCCUGUUCACCACUGUGCAGUUGCAGAAUUUCUACAAGAAAGUUGGUGAUAACGUUGGCUCAGAUGUUACCGGAGGUAAUCGGACUUCUAUGGCUAAUUCGUCGGCAAUAACACCUUGCCUAAGAACUUCUCAACGGGGUAACGUCCAAUUUAGCACCACAGAUUUGUGCAUUGGCAUCUUGACCUCUACCUUCUCUAAGAGUAUCUUUAACUUAAUACUUGAGCUAAUUAUCAAUUUAGAUGCUCUACAAGAAGCGUUCAAAGUUUUUUCAAAAUAUAGGAUUCAGGUAGAAGAGGUGCAAAAGAUCCAACAACAUUUAGAAAAGGUAAUGCUCAAGUUGAAACACAAGAUUUACAAAUUGGAUAUUAAAUAUAAAGAUUUUACUAAAACUAACAUUUUUUCCAAAGAUUUUAUGAAUGACACUCACACAGUUGACAUUUUCAUAUUUAUGCGAUACCUUAGACAAUGUGCUAAACAAAUCCUAUCUGUCACACAGAUAGUUGUGGGAUUGGGAGACGAUCUCCAUUGGAGGUUAUUGUUGCCAACCUAUCCACUACAUAGGGGUUUGAUUAGAUUGCCCAGAGAAUGUGCAUUAGAUCAGGGUGCAGCUUCAGUUUUGACAUAUUUUGAGACAAAAAGAGAUGUUGACGAUGCACUUGAAAUGAUUUAUAAUACUUAUACCUCCAAACAUAAACAAAUCAAUGAUCAAACACAGUCUCCUAACGUAAAAAGAAUUACGAGAGCAAUUGAUCAUACAGACUUUAGUUUCCACACGACUCGAAAUUUGUUUAGAUAUCGUUUGUGGUUAUUCACAACGGUUCUUUUUGGUUCUGAGAGUAAAUGGGCAAUUAAGGUUUCUUUUAUUAUGGUUUUGCUAUGUUUACCUGCAUGGUUGCCAAAAUCUCAUUCUUGGUAUGGAGACUAUGAGUGCUGGUGGGCUCCAUUAAUUUUUUACAUAUUAAGCAAUAGGAGGAACUUUGGCACACUAACCGCUUUGCGUAGAAGAUUAUGGUUUGGAAUUGUCGGUAUCUUCUUUUCUUGGUGUGCCAACCAAGCAAAACAUUUUGGUAACCCUUAUGCUAUAGUCGCAAUCUCGGUAUUGUUCAGCAUGCCAUUUUCUGUCAACUAUUUUGCCCAUCAAGGGAGAAAAUCUAGUUUGCUAGCUUUAGUGUGCUUUACUGCCCUAACUUUGCAAUCAUACGGCAAGGUGGAGAAUCUUUCUUCUUCGCAAAUUUGGAACGAUACAUGGAUUACAGGCUUAUCGUUUUUGAUUGGUACCUUCUGUUCUAUUCCAGUUAAUUGGGUUGUUUGGUCUUUCAUGGCACGUUCUGAAUUACGGUUAUCAAUUUCAUCAUUGUUGGCUCAUUUGAGUCAAUCAUAUCAAAUCAUUGCCGAUAGAUAUUUAUACCGUGAUAAUAACGAUGAUCCAACUGAAACUACAAUUGCUUUAGCGCAUAUCAGGGAAAUUAGACUGUCUCAGAGUAUACUUGCAAUUAAGGAUUUAUUAAAGCGAGCUAGAAUGGAACCCAUUUACAUCGCUAACUUCAAACCUCAUAUAUAUGAAGAGUUAAUUGACCACUGCCAGGUCGUAUUAGAAAAAGUUAUUGAAGCAAGACGGGCAGGGCAGCAUUUUCAGAUCUGGGACCAGGAUUCUGAUACUCAAACUUCAAGAGCCCUGUUGUCUCUACGUAGAGACAGUGUGGCUUCUGUCAUAUUCAUUUUUUAUAUCUUAUCGAAUUGUUUCCGGUCUAAAAACAAAGUUCCUAGGUAUCUUCCAAACCCCAUCUACACAAGAAAGAAAUUGUUUGAUAUCCUAUCAAAGUUGGAGGACAUGUCACCUUCUGCAGAUAGAGAACAGUUUAAAUUUAGUUCUUUCACAAAUGAAAAGAUGUCAGACUCUUCCAAGAACAUAAACACCGAUUUGGACUCUGAGAAAACAGAUUGGACUGAUAUAUAUAAUAUCUCUUUUACAAGAACAUUUACUGAUAUAAGUGUCGAGCUAGAAAGAAUCGUCUUGCUGGCUAAAGAGAUUCUUGGUGAAGAACCAUAUUACGGCUAA